AUGAGUCCUGAUGACAUCCCUGGAUACUCACUGAGACCUGAAGCUCGUUCCUGGUAUUUACCAGGAUAUUGGGUUAGGCAACAAGAUAGUCUCAGUAGGAUGAUCAAGAGCUUAUAUGUCCACAAAUCCACCUUAUCCCACCUUCUUUUUUAUACCUUUCCCCCUACUAAGCAAGAUUUGCCAAAUGCCAGCGAGGCUGUUUCUCUAUUACUAAUCAACGAUAAGGCUGUUUCGCGCCAGGACCAUAGUUGGUACAAAGAAUUUCAUGAUGCAGUCACAAGAUGGUCUGGUCUUGGUCCCGUUGAAAGCCUCGCAGCGUGGUGCGAUAUUUCUACAGAGAUUCAGGAUUUGAUAGAUCGCCUUCCAAGCAGGCGUUUCUUGGAAAAACCGUACCACUUAAACGAAGUUGGAGGAAUUGUCAAGGCGGUUGUGACUAUCAUGCGUUCCAAGGAUCUCGUGGCGUCACUCAUGAAUCUAGAACCUACUGCAGCGGGGUCGAUAAUCAAAGCUUUGGAUAAUAUACUUGACUACACAGAUAAACGUGGCCGGAUCGAUGAGCGCAUGUCCAUUUCUAUUCGCAAUACUCUCCAGCGUCUCUGUCGCAAAUAUGCUUACCUCCCCCCGUCUUGCCAACUGCCCCCGGACAGUAUUGAAUUGCUUGGAGAACCUAUAGCCAAAACUAAUUUUGGGGCCGUGUGGCGCGGCUUACGCACUGUAGGCUCUUCGAGUGUGCAGGUCGCACUGAAAGGGGUUUAUUAUCACAGUACAGAAGAGUAUGAGAUAAUACGCAACCAAUUUUGCAGAGAGGCCAUUCUGUGGAAGCAGCUUUGUCAUAGGAACAUCGCGCCGUUUUUAGGUGUUAGCAGCACGAGUACAGUCUCAUUUAUGCUAGUGAGCACGUGGAUGGAAAAUGGGGACGUAGCUCAGUACUUAAGCAAGCAUCGUGACAUAGAGCGAGUGCCCCUGCUCGUCAACAUCGUGGACGGCCUUUCUUACCUACACUCGCAGAACGUCAUUCACGGAGAUUUGAAGAGUGCCAACAUCCUGGUCGAUAACUCGGGGCUAGCUUGUCUCGCAGAUUUUGGCCUUUCUACCGUCAUAUACAACGCUGACACCGUCAACAUCACUUCGAAAACAACACGGAAAGCAGGCACGACCAGAUGGACGGCACCGGAACUCCUCGAUCCAGAGCGCUUUGGACUCGAGCAUGCAUUUUUGACUCGAGAAACCGACGUAUAUGCUUUAUCAAUGGUGAUGGUGGAGGUACGACACCCUCAAACCUUCUGA